AUAGGCACUUCCGCCGGAAGUGUUUUCCCUUUCCUUUCAGCCCCGCGCAGCAAGAUGGCGGUGCAGAUCUCUAAGAAGAGGAAGUUUGUUGCUGACGGCAUCUUCAAAGCCGAGCUGAAUGAAUUCCUGACCCGGGAGUUGGCAGAGGACGGCUAUUCCGGCGUGGAGGUCCGAGUCACCCCAACCAGAACAGAGAUCAUCAUCCUUGCCACCAGGACCCAGAACGUCCUCGGUGAGAAGGGGCGCCGUAUCCGUGAGCUGACCGCUGUCGUACAGAAGAGGUUUGGCUUUCCCGAGGGCAGCGUUGAGCUGUACGCAGAGAAAGUCGCCACAAGGGGUCUGUGCGCCAUCGCCCAAGCAGAGUCCCUGCGCUACAAGCUCCUGGGAGGUCUGGCAGUGAGAAGAGCCUGCUAUGGUGUCCUGCGUUUCAUCAUGGAGAGCGGCGCCAAGGGUUGCGAGGUCGUGGUGUCCGGCAAACUGAGAGGCCAGAGAGCCAAGUCCAUGAAAUUUGUGGACGGUCUGAUGAUUCACAGCGGAGACCCCGUCAACUACUAUGUGGAUACCGCAGUGCGCCACGUCCUCCUCAGACAAGGUGUUCUGGGCAUCAAGGUGAAGAUCAUGCUUCCAUGGGACCCAAGUGGAAAGAUUGGCCCCAAGAAGCCCCUGCCUGACCACGUCAGCAUUGUGGAACCCAAAGAGGAGAUCCUGCCAACCACCCCCAUCUCUGAGCAGAAGGGAGCCAAGCCAGAGCAGCAGGCGCAGCCCCCUGCCAUGCCCCAGCCUGUGCCCACCGCGUAAUGGGAUGCUGAACACCAGGACGUAAAGUUCUUGCAUUCGGC